AUGGCAGACCAGGCUACUCUGAAGUUCGACUUCAUCCGCCUGGAAACCAAGCCAAGCGCGCAGCUCUCCUACAGCUUCACUGCUUCUACAGCAACGAAGCCUACCAACCCAGCUCUUAUUGUCUUCGUCAAUGGCCUCGGCGCACCGCAGGCAGGAUGGAUUGCAACAAUGAACAAACUCAAGGAGCUCUCUCCUCAGGGUCUUCCAGCAAUGCUGACCUUUGAUCGCUUCGGACAGGGUCAGACUACUGAUCGUGAUCCCAAGGAUGAGGGAGCUGCGGAUCCAACUCACGCACAUGACUGCAUGGCUGUGGUUCGGGAUAUCCGACAGCUCAUCACACAGAUCUUGAAAGAGAGGCUGAGCAUCGACAAUCCAGAUAGCACCAAGCUUUUGCUGAUUGGAAACUCAAUUGGAUGUGCUCUGACUCGUCUCUACGCCGCUGAGUACUCCGGCACCGUAGCUGGGGCCCUUCUUCUCGACAGUGUCCUGACAGACACGGACUUCGUCUCCGUCUUCCCUGACCCAGAUUCUGAGGGCUUCGACCCUGCCAGUCUUCCGCCAGGGGUCACAGCAGACAAUCUACGCGUUGCUCGAGAAGAGACCGCAAAGCGCUUUCAUCCAAGCGUUGGCUCAAGAGAAGGUCUCAGUCGAAAGAACCUUACUCAACUUCUUGGUCACUCAGACUCGCCAGCUCUUCCCAAAGUCGACGGCAAAGACCCAUACAUCACUGUUCUGGGGCAUGACUUCAACUACUUUGCAGAGCGGACUGGCGAAAUUGACGAGCUCAGAAAGAAGUGA